GAGUGUGUUGCUGCUGUUCGGCUCUGCGUCCUCGCUACAAACGCCUGGUGGACAACAUAUUCCCCGAAGAUCCAAAAGAUGGCCUUGUUAAAGCUGAUAUGGAGAAACUGACAUUUUAUGCAGUGUCUGCGCCAGAGAAACUGGAUCGAAUUGGUUCUUACCUUGCAGAAAGGUUGAGCAGAGAUGUUGUCAGACACCGUUCUGGGUAUGUUUUAAUUGCUAUGGAGGCAUUGGACCAACUUCUCAUGGCCUGUCAUUCUCAAAGCAUCAAGCCAUUUGUAGAAAGCUUUCUUCAUAUGGUAGCAAAGCUGCUGGAAUCAGGGGAACCAAAGCUUCAAGUUCUUGGAACAAACUCUUUUGUCAAAUUUGCAAAUAUUGAAGAAGACACACCAUCCUAUCACAGACGUUAUGACUUCUUUGUGUCACGCUUCAGUGCCAUGUGCCAUUCCUGCCAUAGUGAUCCAGACACACGAACAGAAAUUCGAAUCGCUGGAAUCAGGGGUAUUCAAGGCGUGGUUCGCAAAACAGUUAAUGAUGAACUUCGGGCUACCAUUUGGGAACCCCAGCAUAUGGAUAAAAUUGUUCCAUCCCUGCUGUUUAACAUGCAGAAGAUAGAAGAGGUCGACAGUCGCAUAGGCCCUCCUUCCUCUCCCUCCGCAGCUGACAAAGAGGAGAAUCCCGCUAUGCUGGCUGAAAACUGUUUCAGAGAGCUGCUGGGUCGAGCAACUUUUGGGAAUAUGAAUAAUGCUGUUAGACCAGUUUUUGCACAUUUAGAUCAUCACAAACUAUGGGAUCCCAAUGAAUUUGCAGUUCACUGCUUUAAAAUUAUAAUGUACUCCAUUCAGGCUCAGUAUUCUCACCAUGUGAUCCAGGAGAUUCUAGGGCACCUUGAUGCUCGUAAAAAAGAAUCUCCACGGGUUCGAGCAGGUAUUAUUCAGGUUCUGUUAGAGGCUGUCGCCAUUGCUGCUAAAGGUUCAAUAGGACCCACGGUGCUGGAAGUCUUCAACACACUACUGAAACACCUGCGUCUCAGUGUGGAAUUUGAAGCAAACGAUGUACAGGUGGGAUCUGCAGCCAGUGCCAGCUUAAAUUCAAGUUCUAAAGACAAUGAUGAGAAGAUUGUGCAGAACGCCAUCAUCCAAACAAUAGGGUUUUUUGGAAGUAACCUACCAGAUUAUCAGAGGUCGGAAAUCAUGAUGUUCAUUAUGGGGAAAGUACCAGUUUUUGGAACGUCCACCCAUACUUUGGAUGUCAGUCAGCUAGGGGAUUUGGGAACCAGGCGGAUUCAGAUAAUGUUGCUGAGAUCUUUACUUAUGGUCACCUCUGGAUACAAAGCCAAGACAAUUGUUACUGCACUGCCUGGGUCUUUCCUGGAUCCUCUGUUGUCACCGUCCCUCAUGGAAGACUAUGAACUGAGACAAUUAGUCUUGGAAGUGAUGCAUAAUCUUAUGGAUCGCCAUGACAACAGGGCGAAGCUUCGAGGGAUCAGAAUAAUACCUGAUGUAGCUGACCUAAAGAUCAAAAGAGAAAAAAUUUGUAGACAAGACACAAGUUUCAUGAAAAAGAAUGGGCAGCAACUAUAUCGGCACAUAUAUUUGGGCUGUAAAGAGGAAGACAAUGUUCAGAAAAACUAUGAGUUACUUUAUACUUCUCUUGCUCUUAUGACAAUUGAAUUGGCCAAUGAAGAAGUGGUUAUUGAUCUCAUUCGCUUAGCCAUUGCUUUACAGGAUAGUGCUAUUAUCAACGAGGACAACUUGCCCAUGUUCCAUCGCUGUGGAAUCAUGGCACUGGUGGCUGCGUACCUCAACUUCGUCAGCCAGAUGAUAGCUGUCCCUGCAUUUUGCCAGCAUGUUACCAAGGUUAUUGAAAUUCGGACGAUGGAAGCCCCUUAUUUUCUGCCAGAGCAUAUUUUCAGAGAUAAGUGCACGCUUCCAAAAUCUUUGGAGAAGCAUGACAAAAAUUUGUACUUUUUGACCAACAAGAUUGCUGAGUCACUAGGUGGAAGUGGCUAUAGUGUUGAGAAACUGUCAGUGCCAUAUGUACCACAAGUCACAGAUGAAGAUCGACUUUCUAGAAGAAAAAGUAUUGUGGACACCGUAUCCAUCCAGGUGGAUAUUUUACCCAACAGCAUCCAUUCUGACGAUGUGGUUAGUAAUACCGAAGAAAUUACCUUUGAAGCAUUGAAGAAAGCAAUUGAUACCAACGGGAUGGAAGAACAGGAGAAGGAAAAGAGGCGCCUCGUGAUAGAGAAAUUCCAGAAAGCACCUUUUGAAGAAAUAGCAGCACAGUGUGAAUCCAAAGCGAAUUUGCUUCAUGAUAGACUUGCUCAAAUACUGGAACUCACCAUACGCCCUCCUCCCAGUCCAUCGGGAACACUGACCAUUACUUCUGGGCACGCCCAGUACCAGUCUGUCCCCGUCUAUGAGAUGAAGUUUCCAGAUCUGUGUGUGUACUGAGUGGCUCAGGAAGACCUCAGUAUAGGAUUUUAAAGCCUAAAAAUUAAGGCCAGGCUGUUUACUUAAUGCAUAUUAACAUACUUCUUGAAAAUAACGCUGGAAGGUAUCUUCGACCAAAUGCUUGACAUACCGUAUUAGAAAUUUUGAAACUAUGUAUGAUUUAGAGUACUUUUGAAGAUAGAUUCAUGCCAUGUUAAUUUCUUUUGAGGUUCCUAUUCGCUUUUAAAGUUGAACAUGUAUUAGUCUCAACAUUAUUUCAUAGUUAAACAAUAUAUUUUAAACUUUUCACAAACGUAAUUUUUUAAAAAUUAGACCUUUGAGGGUUGAAAGAUGUAUGAAGUGUCUACUGUAUUUCUUAACAUCUACACAACUGCUUAGAAGUAGAAUUUUUGCUCUUGUUUCUGGUUAUCUGUGAAAGUAAAAACAUACAAAUAUGUUUGUCCUGGGGCUGCAAAACAGCUCUGUGGCUUUUGUCCCUCUGUUUCAGAUGUGCGAUAGGCUCCCUUUAUUCACUUACCGUGAUAUAUGUAAUAGGCUUUCCUCCACCGUUUAUGGUAGUGACGUGUUGAAUAAUAUUUCUAGAAUAUGACCCUGAAGUCGCCAUACUUUAAAGUGUCUAGUUCUCGUAAUACUGUACUUCCUGCCGAGAGUGGAUCAUUCUACUUGAGAAGCUUAGAGCUUGCUCUCGGAAUACCAAACUGUGCAAUAUUUUUUACAUCAUAAGAUGUAUUAGUUUACAGGCUAUGCUUUGAAAUUAUAGUAGUAUUUUGCUGUGGCUCCAUUAAUUAAAUGAGAUCUAUAUUUAGUAUAAAGACAUUUAAAGCAACUACUAGUUCACCUGUGAAGAGCAUUUUGAUUUUUAUUAAGAGCACAUUAAUUUACAUUUUUAUAUUGUGCAUUGUUUUAAAUCCUCAGUCAGAAAAUUACUGAAGUGGACUUUUGAUUUGUAGGAUUUGAACUGUAGCUUGUAUGCAUUUGUGUUUAGGGUUUGUUAUAUUACUUUUAAAGGGUGCCUAUGGUGUUAGCAAUCAAAUGUGCUAAGGAUUGUCAGUGUAGACUUCUGUGACCUAAGCCGCGAAGAUGACAUGCACUGACACUCGACCUGUGCUGAAAGACCGAUGGUGUUUUCUUACAAUAGGUACAUUUUAGUGAGUCUAUCACAUGGCAAAAUGAACAACUGUCUUUGCAAGUGUUAUAACAUUCUCUUAGGACAUUUUAAUAAAAUAACCUGUUUAUAGUUCUACCCUUUCUGAUUUUAUUUAUUUUUACAUAAAAAAUAUACAUAUCUAGAAUUGUAGCGCAAAAAACAGUUUAGUUUUCAGCUUUUGUUUUUGUUGGGAAUUGCAGUGAGGAAUGGCAUGUCACACCUUUGUGUUUGUGAUGGUUUAGAUGCCUAUAGUAGAGACAGAAAAAGUAAAGACGCACACUCGAAAUGUUUUCAAUAUGUAAACCACAGUACAGCUUCUUCAAACACCUUGCAAAAGACUGCAGUCCUUAUAAAAUGCCACUCUCACAUCCUGGACUCCUUAGUACACAUCGUUGAAGAAGCCCUGGUUUUCUGAGUAACAGUGUGGGCACCACUGGGGCUCACGGCCAUACAGCAGCUGUCACUGUAUUCGCCUCUUGAUCGGCCAAAAUGUUUUGCCAUUUAAUAGGCCAAAUUUUAUAUCUUUUUUAUUUCCCUUUUUUUCUUCUGUAUUUUUAAAGAAGGAUAUUAAUUUUUGACAGUGCAUUUGAAAAUCAGAGCAGGGGGACAUGCAAAAACAAUCACCAUCCACUUGGAUGUUACUUUAUAGAUGAACACUGUGUGCUUCUGUAGGGAAAUGUGUACCUUAAUAGUCUGAGAACGCACUCUGCUCACCACAGGCUUCCACAUCUCUGCUCCAUCCAAUGCAUGUGUUGCAUGGAAAAGGCAACCACUUCAGUCCAGGUGUAUCACAUUUUUCUCCUGUCUGUGUGUAAACUAUUGAUUCGGGUUUUGUGGGUUUUUUUAUAUUGUGUUUAAAUCACAGUAGACUUCUAUGUACCCUAGGCUAUUGAGCUGGUCUUGUUAACAAUGAUUCCCAAGAAGUGGGUCUGCCCUUUGGCGUGUCCUUCCAAGAGGUUCUGCAGGGCAUAGGUGAGCAUACUGUAUUGUGGCCAGCUCUGAGGCUGAGUGUAGGAUUGGUUGAAGUUCACUGUAUUGCUAUAUUUUUGUAGAUAUUUAAAAUUCUUAAUAAACUGUUAAUCACUUUCUGCUGUA